AUGACGUCAAACAGGCUACAGCGUUGGGCCAUUAAUCUCUUGGCCUACAACUUCGGUAUCCAGUAUCGAUCCACAUCUGCUCAUGGUAAUGCGGAUGCUCUUUCACACCUUUCAGUGGGUACAGAUUCAGAUUUAGACAAAGAAGAGGAAGCUUGGCAAGCUGUAGUCGAAGUGUCAACACCGAUAAAUUCAGAGCUCAUUUGCAACCACAUGGACAAAGACGAACUCCUCAAACAAGUCCUGCAGUUCACUCCAAAUGCCCAAGGUAAAACUCCAGCCGAGUUAAUCCACGGUAGACCAGUCCGCACCGUGCUUAGUCAACUUUUCGAGAAGCCUGUCGAAGCUAAACAGACAAUCACCAAUGUUCUCGACAUAUUCGAGUCGGUACGGGGCCAAGUGAACGGCCUUCUCGGGCAGAGGACACUUUGCAGUUGUGGUGCUCCAAAGACGGCGCCCCAGAAGGAGUUUAUGAAGGCGCUAAUAAACGUAGGUAAAAAUCUUACUUCGCUGUCUUCUAAAGCGGAAAAGACUUCAGCGCUGCGAAUGUUCCUUAACUUGAUCAACAAGAACUUGCCCGCCAGAGUCUGGCUUCCGCUCUACUCGGAUAUUUCGCACCAUGUCGUUCGCAUAACAGAGGAAAAGACUGCUGUUUUAAACUCGAAGGACAAGACUCCAUACAUUAUCUACGUGGAAGUGGUCGAGGUUCCCGACAUUUACACUUCUCCCCUGAUACCAAAGAUGAUGCCUUCGCUGCGGCACACCAAAAGCGAAGAGCAUCUAGAGGGGUCCUGUCUGAACUCGCACCAGCACCUGAGCUGCAGCCGCACUUCCAGCUGUAGCAGUAGUCAGCAGGGCUCAAGCUGCCGAAGGAAAAAGACGGCAGAACUGGAUGGCGGCUGCGGCGAUGCUGGUUCAGUGAACUGCUACGGCAACACAUUGUCAUUGGGUGGGCUUCAGCUCCAGGAGGAUGAUGUUUGGUCGCAGGAAGACGACGAAAUUACAGCGCAGUACCUUAACAUGAGCAAAGUGAGCGAGCGGGAUACUAUUUCACAGAUGUCGUUGGACUCUUGCGAUUCACGAGACCAAGGUCCACCCAUUGUCUUUAACAUUGGCGACGUGCGCCUGCGACAUUGCAGCAACUUAAGCUGCGAAAACACAAAAUCCUUUAGCAAUGACCCAGAAGAUCCCUCGGCAGCAGCCCUAAAGGAACCAUGGCACGAAAAGGAAAAGCUCAUUCGUGAGUCUUCGCCCUACGGCCAUUUAUCAAAUUGGAGGCUGCUUUCCGCCAUUGUCAAGUGCGGCGACGAUUUACGCCAGGAACUUAUGGCUACUCAAUUGUUACAGAUGUUUAAAAUAAUAUGGCACGAAGAACAUGUGGAUCUUUGGGUGCGCCCGUACAAGAUAGUUUGCCUGUCGAAUGAUAGUGGUCUUAUUGAGCCUAUCCUCAACACUGUCUCUCUGCACCAAAUUAAGAAGAACUCCAACAAAUCACUAAGAGAUUAUUUUAUCGAUGAGUACGGCACACCCACUGGAGAGACUUUCCGCCGGGCACAGAAGAAUUUUGUCCAAAGCUGUGCAGCUUACUGUCUAAUCUCGUAUCUGUUGCAAGUCAAGGACAGGCAUAACGGAAACAUACUUUUCCACUCGGAUGGGCACAUCAUACACAUUGACUUUGGAUUCAUUCUGAGUAUUUCUCCAAAAAACUUGGGAUUCGAACAAUCACCUUUUAAGCUUACACCGGAAUUCGUUGAAGAUGGGGGCACCAGCUCGGAGCAUUGGCGUGAAUUUAAUAGGCUCCUGUUAGUUGGCAUGAUGUCUGCCCGAAAGCAUAUGGAUCGUAUUAUAAACUUUGUAGAAAUUAUGCGCAGCAAUGCUCAUUUGCCGUGCUUUAAAAAUGGAUGCUCCGGAACCGUACAGAAUCUCCGCAAACGCUUUCAUAUGAAUUUGACCGAGCAAGAAAUGGAACGAAAAGUUGAGCAGCUUGUACAAGACUCGUUGAAGAGUCUUUCAACUAAACUGUACGAUGGUUAUCAGUAUUAUACGAAUGGCAUAUUGUGAGAAAGAUUUUUCAUGAAGAUCUAAGUAUGAAGUUGGAUUGAAAUUGCCAAGCUGGUAACCAAAAUUAUGGACUGACUUUUUGUAAAGGAAUUAUUGUAUAUUAUAUAAUAUGUAAUUAUCAGCGACAAAAGCAAAAAGAAUGAAAUUGUACCAAACAUAAA